CCCCUCUGCAGGUGGACGUGGCCGUGGCCCUGCCGCGCGGGAGGAGUUCCGAGAAGUACGGCCGCAGCUACCUCUGCCUCCUGCAGGCGGUCUUCGUCGCAGAAACUGAGCUGCUUCUCUGUGCAAAGGACAUCAGUCAUUUCUUAAUGCAAGAUAUCGCCUUCUUGUCUGGUGGCCGUGGAAAGGAAAAUGAUUGGAUCAUUACUUUCCCAGAAAAUUGUAAUUUCAGAUGUAUACCAGAAGAAGUGAUAGCAAAAGUGCUGACUUACUUGACAUCUCUUGCCAGGCAAAAUGGAUCUGACUCUCGGUUUACCAUUAUACUUGAUCGAAGACUGGAUACAUGGUCUUCCCUCAAAAUUUCUCUCCAGAAAAUCUCAGUUUCUUUUCCUGGGAACUUGCACUUGGUUUUGGUUCUGCGUCCUACCAGUUUUCUUCAACGAACUUUCACAGACAUUGGAUUUCGAUUUAGCCAGGAAGACUUCAUGCUCAAAUUACCAGUGGUUAUGCUGAGCUCAGUUAGUGAUUUGCUGACAUACAUUGAUGACAAGCAGUUAACCCCUGAGUUAGGCGGCACCUUGCAGUACUGCCACAGUGAAUGGAUCAUCUUCAGAAAUGCUAUAGAAAAUUUUGCUCUCACAGUGAAAGAAAUGGCUCAGAUGUUACAGUCCUUUGGAACUGAACUGGCAGAGACAGAACUACCAGAUGACAUUCCUUCAAUAGAAGAAAUCCUUGCAGUUCGUGCUGAAAGGUAUCACAUGUUAAAGAACGAUAUUACAGCAGUAACCAAAGAGGGGAAAAUCCUCCUCACAAGUCUGGAAGUGCCCAGCACCGAAGACCCCGUCGGUUCAAGGCUUGAACACCGUCACCACGUGAAUGGGGACUGGCAGACUGUUAACAAGUUGCUGACUCAAGUACAUGAUAUGGAGAUCGCUUUUGAUGGAUUUUGGGAGAAACACCAACUAAAAAUGCAGCAGUAUUUGCAACUAUGGAAGUUCGAGCAGGAUUUUCAAGAGCUUGUGAGUGAAGUUGAACUUCUGUUGAACCAGCAAGCAGAGUUGGCAGAUGUAACCGGGAACAUAGGUCAAGUAAAACAAAAAAUAAAGAAGUUGGAAAACUUAGAUGAAAAUUCGCAGGAUCUGUUAGCGAAGGCCCGCUUUGUGAUACUACACGGACACAGACUUGCUGCAAAUCACCAUUAUGCCCUUGAUUUGAUCUGCCAGAGGUGCAACGAGCUCCGGUACCUCUCUGAUAUUUUGGUUAACGAGAUCAAAGCCAGAAGGAUACAGCUCAGCAGGAUCUUCAAAAUGCAUAAGCUCCUACAGCAGGCUCGCCAGUGCUGUGAUGAAGGAGAAUGCCUUCUAGCUAACCAGGAAAUCGAUAAGUUUCAGUCUAAAGAAGAUGCUCAGAAAGCCCUCCGAGACAUCGAGAAUUUUCUUGAGAUGGCUUUGCCCUUUAUAAAUUAUGACCCUGAUACCCUACAGUAUGAAUUUGAUGUAAUUUUAUCUCCUGAACUCAAGGUUCAGAUGCAAACCGUCCAACUCAAGCUCGAACAUAUCCGAAGUGCAUUUGAGAACCAACAAGCUGGUUUCAGGAACCUGACAGACAAGAACGUGAAGCCAGUUGAGUUUGUGGUACCUGCUUCUGACAAUCUCAUGAGAUCUAGAGCGUCGUUCUCACCUAAACAUGUGGGAGUUGGAUACUCUUUCUUUCAAGCAUGUAAACUUUUUUCCAAAGGAAAGAAGACUUGGAGACAAAAUCAGAGCAACUUAAAAAUUGAAGUGGUGCAUGAUGGUCGGGAGAAGAGAAGUUCUGGUCAAUCCUCCAGUUUGGACAAUGACAAUACCUUGGAUGUUUUACAGAACCACGUCCUGAAUGAACUGAUACAGACAGAGAGGGUGUAUGUCCGCGAGCUGUUUACUGUUCUGUUGGGCUAUAGAGCGGAGAUGGAUAAUCCUGAGAUGUUUGAUCUUAUGCCACCUCUCCUGAGAAAUAAAAAGGACGUUCUCUUUGGAAAUAUGGCCGAAAUAUAUGAAUUCCACAACAACAUUUUCUUGAACAGUCUGGAAAAUUGCGUUGAUGCUCCAGAAAGAGUGGGACCUUGUUUCCUGGAAAGGAAAGAUGAUUUUCAGAUGUAUGCAAAAUACUGUCAGAACAAACCCAGAUCAGAGGCAAUUUGGAAGAAGUAUUCAGAAUGUGCCUUUUUCCAGGAAUGUCAAAGAAAACUAAAACACAGACUUGGUCUGGAUUCCUAUUUACUCAAACCCGUGCAACGAAUCACUAAGUAUCAGUUACUGUUAAAGGAGCUGCUGAAAUAUAGCAAAGGCUGCCGAGGGUUUGAACAGUUAAAGGAGGCACUGGACACGAUGCUGGAUUUACUAAAGUCAGUUAAUGACUCUAUGCAUCAGAUUGCAAUAAAUGGCUAUAUUGGAAACUUAAAUGAACUGGGCAAGAUGAUUAUGCAGGGCGCAUUCAGUGUUUGGACUGGACACAAGAAAGGCGCUACAAAAAUGAAGGAUUUUGCUAGAUUCAAACCAAUGCAGCGGCAUCUCUUCUUGUAUGAAAAAGCCAUCGUUUUUUGUAAGAGGCGUGUUGAAAGUGGAGAAGGCUCCGAUAGAUACCCGUCAUACAGUUUUAAGCACUGUUUGAAAAUGGAUGAAGUCGGCAUCACCGAGUAUGUAAAAGGAGAUAACCGCAAGUUUGAAAUCUGGUAUGCUGGCAAGGAAGAAGUUUAUAUUGUCCAGGCUCCGAACGUAGACGUGAAGAUGACAUGGUUAAAAGAAAUCAGAAGUAUUUUGCUGAAGCAACAGGAACUUCUGACAGUUAAAAAACGAAAGCAACAUAAUCCCUUAACAGACCCAGAUCACCUUCCUUCUCAGCGGAAUGAUGAAAGGCAACACGGAUCUUUUCUGGGCGCCGAGGAGCCCGCCCCGGAACCCAGUGGAGCUCUGGCGGAGGUCCAGGAGGCGGUCCCGUUGGUUCGGGCUGAAGCUAACACGGGUUGGACCCAGAUGUCCGCACCUGCAGAAAUCUCUGAAGACCCCGAGGAAUGGCCGAGCAACUAUUUCUACGCUUCAUACGAUGACAAUGAAGAAGUAAGGCCCCUAAUGUCUCCAGGCAAAUACAAAGCCCUAGCAGACUGUAGGAAGAGGGGCCCAGAAGAUCUCCUGAUUAGAAAUGGAGAUGUCAUUCAAUUUCUCCAUGAAGAUGUUGAAGGUCAAUGGUUGGUGAAAAAUCUGAACAGAAGAAAAGAAGGUCUGAUUCCAGGGAACACUGCGCAGGUCUUAAUUGGUGACUAUAGGUUUCGGAAUGCCAAAGUUCCAGAUGCUGCUCUGAGUAACACAAGGAAACUCAGUUCCCCUUGAAUUAAAGGAGAAUGAAUAGACUUUUAAAAAUAAGAUUUCCUUUGGAGGUGUGAACUAGAUUCUAUUUCUUAAAAGCGUUACAGACAAACAGCACAAGAGUCAGGAUGAUCUAUGUUGCCCAUGACAUGCACAGAAAUUCCUCAGGACUGAGGAGGACUUCGUCAUUCAGUUUGUCUCAUUCUUGCAAGAACCAUCUUCACACCUUCCGGUCCCCUCGGCUGCAAAGUGCAGUGUUACAGCGUUCCCUGGUGGGGUUUCUCAAGGCAUGCAUUCAGAUCCCAUCUCAAAACCAGAAAUCAAUAAUUUUGAACAUGUGCAGGCAAAAAGCUGUACCUGUCAUUUUUGACAUAACUUUUCACUAGCAAAACAAAACAAACAUCCAAAGAGAGAAGAAAGAUCACCAGAGAUUUUAAACCCCUUUGUUGGUUGGUAGUUUAUUUUAUUCUUUGCUUCUGCUAUCUAGGGGACUAUAAUGUACCAAAGGAAUAUAUGUUCUGAAGGACCUCUUUUGCACUUUGACUGGUAUGGACGGUUGUCAGAGCUGUCUUAUGGUUCUGGAAAAGAUCCAAAGCCAAAAAAUCCUGUAGUUAGGAUGUGUUGAAGUUUACAUUUUAUGCAUUGAAAUUUAGAUACACCUAUCCCAGCUUUAAGUUAAAUAUAUUUGCACAAGUUCUUCUUUAAGUUAAAUAUCAUAUUUGCACAAGUUCUGUGUUCUGGUGUCUUGAGUUGCUUUCGAAUUUUGUAGAAAGACCGAUUCUGGGAAAGGUGUUCUUCAGUUAUGUUGUGCCUCUUCCUAGCGUUUUUCUUUGAUGAUACAUGUGUACGUGUCUUUCUUUUAAACAUGUAAAAAGUGUGAUCACUUCUUUUAAAGCCCAGGGCCAGUUGUUGCAUGCAGUGUCGAGUUUAUGCUUGGAGUAUUUUAUAUGCUGGACCAGUGAAGACAAUGGUUUGAAAUUGCUGCCUUUUGAAUCAUGGAUUGUGAAUUUUCCUGUCAAGCUGGCAUAUUAGGUGCAUGUUUUUUCAUUAUUGGUUUUACAAUAAACAACAACUAUAUUAUAUGUAAAUUUCUCUUUUAAAUAGGUUUGUGUGUCAUGUCAAGAUCAUAGUUUAUGCCAGUGGUAUCACUCUAUGUAGCAGUUUGUAUGACAAACCAAUUGUGCUUUAUUCAAAGGUACCUGCACAUUAUAACUCUUCUAAUGUCCAAUUUGCUGAAUAUAUGAUGGGUGAUUUAUAACUCACUCACGAAAAUGCCCGUAUAUUUGAUAGUUCACUUAAUGCUUCUACGACAAUAACAACACCACAAUGAAAUCGAAGCACAUUUCUUUUGCGUGCUGAUCCUGUGGUUUGAAGACAGAAUUCGGAGAUAAAAUGGUUGAUUGAUGAUGCCCCUCUGCACAGAACAUUUUAAUUUUAUGGUAUUAAACUAGGGACUUUAAUCCUUUAAGACAAAAUGAGUUCUAUAGAUUCAAACAUACAGUUAUGGUCUUUUAAUGUCUUAAUCACUGUACAAUGAAUGCUCCAUUCGUAUAUGUAUUUGUACAUGGAACGGCACUGUAUUAAUUUUAUUGGGCUAUAAAUGUGUGUUACUAUAAAACAUAGCAGCAAUUUCCCUUUACGUCUUCAAAAUUUAAUUACAUCGUAAAUGUACUUACAAUGUAAAUGUACUUGUGUUAAUUCCACAUUAAAAAUA